UUUUUAGAAUUAAUGACAACUUGCUCUAUUUGCAAAUUUGACGUGCCUAGCAGUUUAUCUUUUGUAAAAUGUUGCAAUCACAUGGCUCAUACAAAUUGUCUCAAAAACUUUGUAGCCAAACGUAAUUGCUGCCCUAAAUGUAGCGAACAAAUUACUCAAAGUGAUGUUGUUCCAAUUGUUUUUGAUCCUCCACAACAACAACCAAAGAAUUUACAAAAUGAGGGGAACUCUAAUCGUGUUAGUGAAGUGCUAAAUGCAGUUUUAGAACGCUUAAAAGGAUAUAGAACUGGUACUGAUCAAGAAGAUGCCCAAAUUCGACAUGUUGGAGAAGCUUUUGACAUAAUUGUUCGCGCUAAAAAUAAUGAAAAUAAUCCUGAAAAACCUUCCACUUCAGACGAUGUUACGCCGUUUAAACAAAAUGCUUGGGAUAAAAUUAUGAGUAUUGUAAAAUCAAAAGAAGUUGGGUUUAUUGUAUUGGCACUCAUAUUAGCACUUUUGUGUGUCUUCUUUUGGGAAAUAGCCGUUUCUGCUGGUGCAUUAUCCCAAACUACUGAAUUUAUUGGUGGAGCACUUGCUGCAUUACGUUUGUAUGCUCCAGGAUUGGCUGUCACUUUGUUUGCAGGCAUUAAAGCUUUCUUUUCUUUCCGAAAAACUUAA